ACAUAAUAAAUUCGUACUUAUCGGUGCGUCGAUAUCGACCGAGCAGCAUUAUUUUGUUUAGCCAUUUUAUUUUCAGAUAGUCUGCAAGUUAAAUAAACGCUGCGAAGAAUAUAUUAAAUUAUUCCAUAGGCAAUAUCAAAAAUUCGCCAAAAUGACUAUUGGCAAGAAUAACAAAAUGAUUCAGCACCUGAAUUAUCGGGUGCGAAUCGUGCUGCAGGAUUCGAGGACAUUCAUCGGCACAUUCAAAGCAUUCGAUAAGCACAUGAAUCUGAUAUUGGGCGACUGCGAGGAGUUCCGCAAGAUCCGCUCCAAGAACUCCAAGGUGCCGGAACGCGAGGAGAAGCGUGUGCUGGGCUUUGUGCUGUUGCGUGGCGAAAACAUUGUUUCACUCACCGUUGAAGGACCACCACCCCCAGAGGAGGGUCUGCCACGAGUGCCCAUUCCUGGCGCUGCACCUGGUCCCGGUAUUGGCCGCGUCGCCGGACGUGGUGUGCCAAUGAACAUCUCGUCGGUGCCAGCCGGUUUGCAGGGCCCCGUUCGUGGUGUGGGCGGACCCGCUCAACAGCACAUGGCGCCCAUGGGGCGAGGUGUGCCGAGAGCGCCGAUGAUGGGCGCACCUCCGCCGGGCAUGAUUCCCGGUGGAAUUCCUUCUAUGCCCGGCGGUCUGGGACGCGGUGCACCGCCACCCAUGAGAGGACCGCCACCAAUGAUGCGUGGCGCACCACCGCCGGGACGGGGUGGCUACUAAAAUUAUCAGCACUCAUCUAUCUUUGUAGUAAAUAAAAACAUAAAUUUCAGUAACAAA